GGAUUCUGAUUCUCGAUAAGAAUCCAAGAAUCUGUACCAAACGAUUUUUCUGGGGGCCCUCCGCUCGUCCGGUCGUCCCGCAGCGCCCCAUUCGCGUCGCCCCUCUCCCCUCUCCUCUUUCCGUCCCGCAGGCGACUCAAGUAUCGCGCGGCUAGGGUUUUGUCCCCUACGGCCGCCGCCCCUUCCUGGUGCCGGCCGCCGGCCCUCGCCGGCCUUCUCCGGAGGUCCGGCCCCCUCCGUUUUGGCCGUUCCUUGGAGCGACGACCUCCUCCGCCCGCCGUCCUCCCCUUCCCGCGGCACGACGGAAGAAGGUCCAGGACCCGGAGGGCCGUCCGUCCCCGCAGCUGCGCCAGAAGGAGGUGGCCGAGGGUCACCGUUGCCUAGGCCCUAAAAUCCGGCGCCCACAGACUAUCCUCCAAGAUGGACCUCAAGGAUAGCCUCUCCAAAUUUAAGCAACAGCAGGAGAGAUGCCAGUCAUCAUUGGCGAGCAUAGCCGCUUCGGCUUCAAAACCAAAGCACAGGGCCCAACCUGUAAAUGCUCCAUCCGCUCCAGCAAGACCAUCACAGCCUAUCAAGUUUUCAAAUGAUACAGAAAGGCUGCAGCACAUUAAUUCGAUUAGGAAAUCUCCUGUUGGAGCACAAAUGAAACUUGUCAUCGAACUGCUUUACAAGACAAGACAAGCGUUUACUGCAGAGCAGAUAAAUGAAGCAACUUAUGUUGAUAUCCAUGGUAAUAAAGCUGUCUUUGACAGCUUGAGGAACAACCCCAAAGUAAGCUAUGAUGGGAGGCGUUUCUCUUACAAGUCCAAGCAUGAUCUGAAGGGAAAAGAUCAACUGCUUGUUUUGACAAGAAGGUUCCCAGAAGGUCUUGCUGUAGUGGAAGUCAAGGAUGCAUACCCCAAUGUACUGGAAGAUCUGCAGGCUCUGAAAGCUUCAGGUGAAGUUUGGCUUUUGUCAAACAUGGACUCCCAGGAGGACAUUGUGUACCCUAAUGAUCCAAAAGCAAAGAUCAAGGUUGAUGAUGAUCUGAAGCAGCUCUUCCGGGGAAUUGAGUUACCACGUGAUAUGGUCGACAUUGAAAAGGAGCUCCAAAAGAACGGCAUCAAGCCCAUGACCAACACUGCGAAACGACGAGCAGCCGCCCAGAGCAAUGGGGUGAAACCGAAGGCUAAACCCAAGAAGAAGCAGCGUGAGAUCACGAAACGGACCAAGCUCACAAAUGCCCAUCUGCCUGAGCUGUUCCAGAAUCUCAACACUUAAUCCUGCUACAAUGGUAGAAAACUGGAGGGUUCGGUUUACCUUUAUAAUUAUGUUGAUGUGUACAUACAAAACAUGUAUGUUGUGUGGCCUUAUGAGCUCCGCAAAUAUGUUUGACAAGAUUCUGGAUGCCCUAAUUAUGCAUUCUGACAUAAUACGAUACAAGACCUUGAGAUUUCCUCAGUUUUUCUUUUA